AUGAUUCUUAUGCAAAUUACACUAUCACUCUGUAUUGUGAUAAAACUAACACAUCAGGAUAGCCGUAAAAGUGUAUCAGUGUAUGACAUUUCUCCAAUUGUUGUUCAAAUUUUGCCGGAGAUCAAAGCAAGAUACCACUACGGGGUGACGAUAUUUAUACUGACGUUUAGCCUUGUGGCGGUGUCGAGCUAUCGGGUGGACGAGUUGGUGCAGCUGGCUCAUCAGAGGCUCUCCACCAUUGCCAUUGGUGUGGGCACUUGCCUGUGCACCUCGAUCUUCGUCUUCCCCAUCUGGGCAGGAGAAGAUCUCCACAAGCUUGUGGCUGGAAACUUGGAAAAGCUUGCGAGCUUCCUCGAAGGACUGUCGGCAGAAUGCUUUGCGGAGAAAGGAGGGAUUGAGAAUUUGGAGGGCAAAACCUUUCUGCAGGCCUACAAGAGUGUCCUCAACUCCAAGCCCACUGAGGACUCCUUGGCAAAUUUUGCGAGGUGGGAGCCGUGCCAUGGUCGUUUCUGGUUCCGUCACCCGUGGAAACAGUACCUAAAGAUUGGAGCUCUCAGUCGUCAGUGUGCUUCUUCCAUGGACGCUCUUGCUGCCUACAUCAUCACCUCCUCCACAAAAUCCAAGACGAACACGGAUCCGGAUCUCCAACUAAGGAUCCGAGAUGCAUGCAAGGAGAUGGCCACCGAAUCCGCCAACACGUUGAAGGAGCUUUCAACGGCUAUCCGGACCAUAACCGUGCCUUCCGCGGCCGGCCGGCACGCGUCGGCAGCCGUGGCGGCGAUCGGAAAAUGGAGGGACUCCCUUUCCGACGACAUCGCCCUGCCCGAAUUCCUCCACGUGGCGACCACCGCUUCCCUCCUCGCCGAUUUGGUCCUCCGGGUCCAGAAGAUCGCGGACUCGGUUGAAGAGUUGGCUCGCCUCGCCCACUUCAAGCGACCCGAGCCGCCAGUUCACGAUGCCAAGAUUAAGCCGGUUGUCGACGAAGAUAGCCCGUCACACCUGUCCAUUACCUUAGAGAAAUAA